CCCGCCCCGCGGCGCGACGGAGCCGGCGGCGACCGCAGCCCGGGACGCGGCGGGACCGGGGCGGGGCACCCCGGCGCGACCCUCCCUACCUCUCCCUCCCGCGGCCUUUCCGUUGCCCCCGGCAGCCCCUCGCCCCCGGGGAUCGCGGGGGGGGCGGCCCCCGCUCCGCCCCGUCCCGCCCCGCCCCCGGGUGGGGGUGUCCGGCCGUACCCGGCCGCCGUUUACCUCAGCCGGGCAGGCCGCUGGGUUCCGCCGCAACGGAGAAGUUGCUAACUAAGUUUCAGCACGGCUGAACCAGCCCCCGUCCCGCCUCGGCUCCCCUGAGGCACGAGCCGGUACCUAGUCAGGGAGAGGUCUGAUCAGUGUUGCUGAAGUGAUCACUUUCCCCUGUUCUGAAUGUCAUCUUGGUGACCGAGAUCUUGUUUUCACUAUGAGAAGUGAAUCGGGUUGUACGGAUUGGUUGCAGCAGAAAAUGCAAAUUAUGAUUCUUUUUCCUUGUUGGAUUUUUUCAAUUCUGUUGAAUGCGUAAUUAAAACUAUGGCAACAAGAGUAGAAAUAAAUUCUACUUUGGCGUCUUUGACGACAGUACCUGACUUAAAUGAAAUCAGAAAUGAGGAUAAAUCACAGCGUGUGUAUGUAAGUGUGCUUUCAGAUGCAAGUAACAAGACAAAGGAGGCUUCAGCAUCACUAACUCUUGAAGAGAAGAACAAGUUUGGGAGUACUUUGAGAUCUGCAACAAUGCCGUCGCUAGGAUCAAGGCCAAGACUUUUCCCAAAGCCUUUUUCUAAAGAGAAAUCUUCAGAUAGUUUUGCGAAUGUAAAACCACCUAUUCCAGCUUUCAGAUCAAGUAGUCUUAUUAGAAAGGCCACUGAAGAAACAUCAUCUGUUAAGGUAUUAAGUGGAAAUGUUCCUCCAUUAGUAGAUCAGAAAGUAAUUGAAGAUGAAAAUAAGGCUGGCAGUGAAGUAGUCACAAACAUGACCUUCUACACGGGUCCCAGUGCGAAUACUGUCAUUCUUUUUGAGACAGCAGGCACAGAGCAAUCAAAGGUAAGCCUGGCCCAAGAAAAAAGGGCUGCUGAUGACCACAGAGUAUUUAGUACUAUGCAAACAAAAGAGCUUCAGUGCAACAUGAAGCAGGAGAAACCAUCUCAGCUGUCUGAGACAUCCAGGAAUCCUGAAGGGUCUCUUCAUAGGCAGGUAUCGCUUUCCUCCAGUCUUAGACCAGUCUCUUGGAACUCCCUCAAAACUGGUGAAAAAAAAGAUGUUUGUGAAGUUCAUCCAGGGGAGAAAAACAAUGAUGAUGCAAAUAAUAUCUACAGUAAAGGUGAUUUCUCUAUUGAUAUACAGCAAAGGCCAAAACAUAGACCAGUAUCUGCUAUUUUUCUGGAAUCAUUACGAGAUCAAAAGCAUCGCACUGUGGAAGCUUCUGAGGAAGAAUCUUCUACAGAGAAAUCCUGGGUUAGAAAACCAAGGCCUUUGUCCAUGGACCUGACAGCUAAGUUUGAACAUAAAGAUCUUUCUUCUUGCAAGAAGACUUGUUCAUCUCAUGAAAGCAAGGAGAAUGUAUCAGUAAUUUCUUUUACUGAUGUUGACUGUCACGAUCAGUCUGAAAUGGGGCCAAAAACUGAAGAAACUGAGUUUCAUAAAGGCAGUUCUUCUAAAACAAAUUUGAAGUGCAGUAGUCAGGACAUUGGCAUCCUAAAUAAUGGAAAAUACAUAUGGGAAACAAAGCUUAAAUCUAAAAGUGAACAAAUUGAGACAAAACCAGAAAUAACGACUAGCUUGCACAGUUCUGAAAGAAGCCAUGAAACCACUAUUGAAAGCAGAACUAAUAAAGGGGGGAAAAGACCAGAUCAGAAGGAGACGUAUAUGUUUCUAGGCUGUGAAAGCCCUGCAGCUUCCUCAGAAAAAGAGAAUAAUGUCAUAAGAGGUAGUGUUAAAAAACACAUUAGUUUGUUUACUUCAGAAAAUCCCAGUACCUCAAUGGAUACAGAGCUUCUCCCAUCAGCUGCUGAGAAGGAAAACAGAUGUGUUAACAUCCAACAGAGAAUCAAAGAACUGACAACAGAAAAUACUGAUGUUAAGCCAGGAAAUCUACGCAGGUCACUUCAAUCACGACCACUUUCUGCGGACUUAACAAAGAUGUUUUCAAGUCCGACGUCAAGCAGUGAAGCAAAGCCCGAGAAACCUGCUGAAACUAGAAACGACUCUAUCAAUGAAAUGCAAGAAAAUCAAAAAAGUAAGGAGAUCAAGCUUGCAUAUGGCACAGAUUUCACUGAAGCACAUGCUACUGGGAACCCUUGGAAACCCCGGCAGAUUUUAAAAAUAACAAAUAAAUCUGAUCAGGUAGAGAGGAAAGGAAGCUUCCUUGGAGAUGGUCAGCAUUUUUCUCAGCAAAGUGAAAAUUCUGUCUCAUUCACAAGCAACUUGGAAAAAAAAUUAAAACCAACCACACUUGUGGAAAAGACCUACAUUAAAACUGUCCGAGCCACCAUGUUUGACCAUAAUGUUCAGAGGCAUAACGUUGCUGCUGAUCAUCCUGGAACUGAUUCUGCACUGAAAAUGAGUAAUGAGCUUGAGGCAAAGCAUGAUGUGGUGACUUCGGGGCACAACAGACGAUCAUGGAUGGGAGGAGUGGAGGAAACCACUAGUGUAAAGAAGGAGUAUGACAAGCAGUCUGAUUCAUCAAAACAUAUAACAGAUGUAGAAAAAAGUGGAAAACCAGCUUGUUCAAAUGAAGACAAGAAGAUGACUCCAGGAAUUCUCUUAGAAAAAUCUUUGGUUGAGAAAAGUGAAAAAGCCACUCCUAAAAAUGUAGAAGACUCUCUAAUUUACCAAAGAAUAGAGCCGAGAUAUGAAGUCUUUCAGGCGUGUGGUGAAAGAGCUCUUAGUGAAGCCAUUACAAUGGCUCCUGAAAAAAAGGCCAUGACACUCAGAACUAGAAAAUCAUCUGUGAAAGAGAAUAAAAAUGAUGAGGAUAUUUUACACACUGGUCAGUCAGCUAGGGCAAAUAGUAAAACUCUCUACUUGAAAGAAGAUAGCAUUAUUUCAGAAGCUAGAGACACAAAAGUUUUUACAAGCAAGUCUGUGUUGAGAGAACCUAAUGAUCUUUUCUCCAGUGAAUGCACUUUACCUGAACAGAAGAAAGACUCUGAUAAAACUGAAACUGAUCCAGUAUUAAUAGCUGAGAAAAUACCUUAUUCUACAAACAAAAGUAAAUGUUUGGGAAUGAAUGAAAAAGUAAACAAACUACAUUCUGAAAUUAAAAAUGAUAAGAGUGAAAUCUCUUCCAUGGAUAAAACAGAGAGGUCUAAUAUGAUGAAAUGCUCUUCUGAGAAAAGGGGUUUUAGAUCAGGUGGGGCAGACAGCUAUGAAUUCAGAACCAACUUUGAUCGUGAAGUUAUUUCAACAAGUGUAAAUAAACAUGGGGCCCAGUCUGCUUCAGUGCUUUCAAGUGGACAAUUUUGUAAAUGUUCCAGUAGCCACCAUCCAGAUACAAAAGUACUAACCAUUAAUAAAGAGGAAUCUAGGGCCUUUGGUUUAAGGAAAAGUCUAGACUUAAAUUGCAAAGAACAAGACUUUAACUUAGAUAGUACAGCUCAUGAAAACAGUGAAAAAAUCAGAGUAAUAGAUCCAGAAGAAAAAGUAAGGAGAACCAGAAAGUAGUGUU